AUGAAUAUGAAUAUGUCACCUCUGUCGAAGUUUGACGGGUUAGAAAUUCCCGCAGCGGCUGAUAUGCACGUGCAUCUAAGAGAUGGGAAGAUGAUGGAGAUGGUUGUGCCGACAAUUCGGAUGGGGGGUGUCAAUACGGUCUAUGUCAUGCCCAAUCUCGUUCCACCCAUCACCACGGUAUCGGCAGCUCUGGCAUAUAAAGAGCGUCUUGAGGCCAUCGACCCUAAGGUCGAGUACUUGAUGACGCUUUAUUUGCACGAGAGCAUUACGCCCGACACAGUACGCGAGGCUAAGAAAGCAGGUAUUAUGGGCAUCAAAAGUUACCCCGCCGGCGUAACAACUAAUUCCUCCUCCGGCGUCCUCUCCUACGAGCCCUUCUAUCCGGUCUUUUCCGCCAUGCAGGAAGAAGGACUAAUCCUCAACCUCCACGGUGAAUGUCCCUCCGACCACCAAAAAGACAUCACCAUCCUCAACGCCGAAGCCUCCUUCCUCCCCACCCUCCAAUCCAUCCACCAAGCAUUCCCCACCCUCAAAAUCGUCCUCGAACACUGCACCACCGCCGCCGCCAUCGCCACAGUCCAAAAGUGCGGCCCCAGCGUCGUCGGCACCAUCACCGCGCACCAUCUCUCCCUCACCAUCGACCAAUGGGCCGACGACGCCUUCCACUUCUGCAAACCCGUCGCCAAACUCCCCAGCGACCGUACCGCACUUCUCCUAGCCGCUUCCAGCCACUCGGAUAAAUUCUUCCUGGGUACCGAUAGUGCGCCCCAUGAUAUCGCGGCCAAGAAGGGCGGCGUGGGUAAAACUGCAGCGGGCGUUUUCACCCAGGCGCAUGCGGUGGGUCAUGUGCUGACAGCGCUAGAACAGGGGGCUGAGAUGGGGGUUUUGAGGGCGGAGGAUAUUACGGUGGAGAUUCUGGAGGGAUUUUUGGGGAAGAGGGGGAGGGCGUUUUAUGGGGUGGAGGAGCCGAUGGGGGAAGAUGGUGCGAAAGGGAAAGGGAAAGGGAAUGGUGAAAGCAUAAUUUUGAAAAGAGGAGAGGAAAUUGUUCGCGCGAGUUUCAAGGGUGAUGGGGUUGAAGUGGUGCCUUUUUGGAGGGGUCAGAGAAUUUGGAGUGUGCUGUGGAAGUAA